GGGCUUACCAAAAGAGAAGAGAGUCAAGUCAGCCAAACCUCAAAACUCGGGGAAAGUACAGAUCAAUACACGAAAGGAGUUGCAGGAUUUUUGUCUGAAUGAGACCCAAAAAGUUUUGAUUUUGGCCUUCGCCCUCCAAAAGAAACAACACGUUCCUACGUUCGAACAGACGCCCGUCUUCUUCUUUCGACGUUCUCUCUUCGAAAUCGAAACCCAAAAAACCGAAAGACACACAAAAAGGGCGAAAAGAGAAAAACAAGGAAAAGAAAAGAUGAAACAGACAAGAAAGAGAAGAGAAGCAAUGCGUUCUUUCAUUGCGUUUGGAAGCGGUUUUUAAGGUGGAGAGCAGAAGUCGCAGGCGAAGCAUUCACCACCUGUCAACAACCAGCAGAGAGAGAGAGAGAGGAGAGAGAGAGAGAGAGUUCCGUCUCUUAUAAAAGUUUAACCAUAGUGAAUUCUCACCCAUAGCUCAGGGUGAUUGGCUUCAGAGGCUGAGAGCUUCACAUUGGUCUAUCUAUGGUAAACUCUGCUCUACCUCUCUUCUUCUUCUACUUCUUUGGUGAUUUUAUUUUAAUGUCUGUUCUGGGCUUUUGAUCUUUUUUUUUUCCCCUUCCUUUUUUUCCUUUUUGUCCCUCCUUUCUGUGACGAGCUGUGCGUCUGUUCAUGGCGGAGGUUGCAGCAAGAAUGGCACCUCCUACUUUCUUUUUUUCUGGUUAUCUAUGGCAUCGUGAUAUGGAUUAUGGCAGAAGGCCCGUGAAGAUACUGAUAGAUCCAGUAAAUCGUAAAAAGCGACAUGCUGUAUUAACUUCAUCUGCUUCUGCUCAAGGUAGCAGAAAUUGUAAAGCCUAUCCUUGCUUGCUUAUUGCUUUAUCAGCAUCUUUGCAUUUUCUGUCUCAGCGUCAUGCUUCUGCUACUUGUUUGUUAGAUUUGAGACUUUUAGACAUGGAAAAGGGAAAACACGAUGAGUCAUCCCCAAGAGGAGUAAUAGAAGCCUGCAUCAGAAGAUUGGAACCAGAAGCGGAAUCUCACGAGGACAAAUGCGAGGAAGAGGAAAUUCACUGCUCAAAUUCAAGGGCACUUUCUCACUGGAGAAGAUUUUUCACUUUAUGGAAGAGAAAAUCAAUCAAACGGUUAGCCUCUUUUCCUCCUCUUGCCGUGCCGAAACUAUCCAAGAGAAAGAGCGGGAGCACUAGAGAGAACAUAACUCCUGUGUUGAGUGAUAUAUACAACUCCAAGUCCUCAUUGUUGCAUUUCACCUUUUCUGAGCUACAAAUGGCAACCAACAACUUUAGCCCUGAAAACUUAAUUGGCAAGGGUGGAUAUGCUGAAGUAUUCAAGGGGUCUCUGCAAAACGGACAGUUGGUUGCGGUGAAGCGGCUGAACAAAGGAACAGCAGAUGAAAGGAUUGCAAGUUUUCUCUCUGAAUUGGGUACCAUUGCCCAUGUUAAUCACCCUAACAUCGCUAAGUUAAUUGGCUGCGGAGUUGAAGGAGGAAUGCACAUCGUUUUUCAAUUAUCUGCUCUAGGAAGUUUAGGAUCUGUUCUUCAUGGAUCGAAGGCUAAUCUAGGAUGGGAUAAGAGGUAUAAAAUUGCUCUAGGGACGGCAGAUGGUCUUCUUUAUCUACAUGAAAGUUGUCAAAGGCGAAUCAUCCAUAGAGAUAUCAAGGCUGAUAACAUCCUUCUUGCCAAGGAUUUCGAACCUCAGAUAUGUGACUUUGGGCUUGCCAAAUGGCUACCAAAACAGUGGACUCACCACAAUGUGUCCAAAUUUGAAGGAACAUUUGGCUACUUCGCCCCCGAGUACUUCAUGCACGGGAUAGUGGACGAGAAGACUGAUGUAUAUGCCUUUGGGGUUCUGCUUUUGGAGCUCAUUACUGGGCAAAAAGCAUUGGAUCAUCUAGGCAGAAGCCUAGUUCUUUGGGCAAAACCUCUCCUGGAUGACAAUGUUAUUGAGGGUCUUAUUGAUCCUUCCCUUGGUGAUGACUACAACUCCGACGAAAUGGAUUGUGUGAUAAUGACUGCCUCGUUGUGCAUCGAGCAGUCUCCUAUUCUGCGUCCUCAAAUGAAUCAGGUCACCAUAUUGCUGAGAGGAGAAAGUUUCAUGUCGGAGUGUACAGAAGAAGGUCAGAGGCGUUCCCUCCAGAGAACCUACUCAGAAGAGCUCCUGGACGCGCAAGAAUACAACUCGACGAGGUACUUGAGCGAUCUCAAACGCCACAACGAGGUGGCUUUGAGCUCUUGACACCGACUGUUCACAUUGCAUUACAUAUUCGACCGGUUGGCAUUAGUCAAAUAGAACCUUUUUUUUUUUUUCGAGCCAGAGAGUGUUUAGGAGUCCCCUGGUAAUGCAUGUGCUGCUAUUUCGUGGCCUGUGAACCCAUUUAUGAUCUUCAAGACACAAGCCCUGGAUGAGAUAUUCAACCGGUUAGCAUUAGUCGGAUUAUAGCGAAUCCGAACUCAUCAUUCAGUUCUUACGCGGGAACAUGAUCCUCUCCUGUCAAAUUCCCGAAAAUACAUGAGAGGAAACUGUUUUUCGUG